CUGUUCUUGCCCUUGCACCACGACUUGACUAGUUUGUUUACCCGGAAUCUGUUGUUAUCUGCCACCGAUUACCACAAACAGAAGUUCUAAGAUGGAUCCUCGCUGGAAUUUAAUUGACUUUGAAGCCACAGACCCACCCCCAUGGAUGAAGGAAAGUGGUGCUAGUCAAGAUCGUGCUCCGCCAGUCCGUGACAUGAUUAAGAAUAUCAGAGCCUUUCAACAACAGUGGCAAGAGCUGACAGAACAGGAACAGCAGAAAAGAAAAAUGGUGUUUGUUCCCAUUUUUAUACAUCAUAUAUGCGUUGAGGAAGACCUAGGUCUUCAGACAAAAUCAGAAACAAUUUCUGUUUUUCACAGUAUGCAAAAUGAUUUAAGGAAAUUUAAAAAGAAACCAGAUGAAGAAAAUAUAGAGGAACGCAAGGUUUCUAAAUCAAAUUCUAUGAAUAAACAGGAGAUAGAAACAACCAAUUUGAUCAAAGCAUGGUUACAUUUGUGGCAGUGUCUGGAUCCUAAAUCACCAGGCAGUGAUUCACUGGAUGGACUGAUUGACAUUGACGUCUGUAUCACUAAAACACAUAAGAUUAUAAUGAAUGAUUUAGUGAACAAGGCAAACAAGACUCCAGCUGGAUGCUUUAGCACUGAGACACGGUACACCACAUACAAAGGGGAAGAACACCACUAUCCUAAAUUUGAGACUCCUGAGGAUGCAUGGAAGGCAGUACAAAUUAUUUGUGACCGGUACAAUGCUUUAAUAGAUCGAAUACAACAGUUGGACGAUUCUUGUGACAAGAUGUAUAAAAUGUUUAAGUGUGCUGCAUGGCUGUUGUUUAAUCUAGUGUCUCUGCAUCCAUUUAGUGAUGGUAAUGGCCGCCUGUGUCGUCUGCUCUGCAGUUAUGCAUUAGGUGUUGCUACACCCUUUCCGAGUCCUGUAUACAACGUGUACAGCCCAUCGGAGAAAAGCGAUUACAUAGACGGUAUUGUCAGUGCACGGAAAAGAAAUCCGCAGUAUCCCAAGGAACUGACAACAUUGAUAAUAGAGUCAAAUUGGUUUGCAUGGAAGGCUAUUUUGUCUUCUGACUGUAAAGAUGCUGACCAUGAGGAUGAACCACUUGCUAAACGUACGGCAUGUGAAGAUGAGCCAAUACCUGCAGGUAUUGAAUGCGAACAAGAUUCCCUAUAAGAACAAGUAUAUAUGGACACUGAUUCAAAUAACCUCUCAAGACUGUGAUCUUUCUGGUUGCACUCGAUGGUUGAGAAGUUGCUACAAACUGCAGUGCAGAGUUGUGUAUCUGUGUCGAGCCAGAAUCCGGUGAUGGAUUGUUCGGUUUUCAGAUUUGUUUUCUGUUUGUGACCCUGGGCCUUUGAGCUCAAUAAUGCGCUUCAUAUUGAGUAAAUUUUGCUGUAGGAGUUAUGGCAGCGUACUAGUCUGAAAAAAAAUGUAACCCACGCUGUCAUUUUUUGCUGUUUGUGAUGCUGUUUUCAGAUUAAAUUAUUUGUGGCCAUAAUAAGAAGGUUAAACGAUAUUAGCUUAACCUGACUUGACAGAGUUUUAUAGUCAGUUUGACUUUUAUUAUUACCUGAAACUUAUUGCUGAAGGGUAGUGUUUCAGGAUUGUGGUGUAGUGUAAUAUACUUGUUACAAUAUAAUUGCAAAGACAUUUAUAUUCGAAGUUGAUCAAUUGAAAAUGUAUGUAAUGUUUUAAACUCUAAAUAUCCUGGUUAUACAACCUUUAUCGAUACGUAAUGAGUUGUUAUGAAAUGUGAUUAUAUGUUAUUGCCACAGACUAUUCUGAUAUUAUAUAUUAUAUUAGCGCCUUAGGUUAUUGUGAUAUCAUAUUAUUGCCUUAGGUUAUUAUGAUUCUAUACGAUUGCCUUUGGCUAUUGUGAUAUCAUAUUAAUACCUUAGACUAUUGUGAUUCUAUAUUGUUGCCUUUCGUUAUUGUGAUUCUAUAUUAUUGCCUUUAGCAGUGGUGUUUCUGUAUUAUUGCUAUAGGUUAUUAAGAUUA